GCGAAAAUCGGAACGAAACGACACUGUUUCGCUGUGAUUGCAGUGCCCCCCAUCUAUGUCGGCUCGCCUUCAUCGAUCACCGACGACGAUAAGGAAGACGGCGGCGGCGGCGGCGACCGCGACCUCCAUUGUUCGACACGCAUCUUCGAACGGAAGCAAAGCAUAUACACUCCGUAAUCCCGACCUAUUUCCCUUCGGAAUCCUCUUCUCUCUCUCUCUCUCUCUCUCUCUCUCUGAGAAAGCGGUGGAUAAUGGGAGCGUCGUCUUCAUCGGAGCAGAAAGCCUCGCCGGAGCAGCGGGAGGCCGAGUCCGCCGCCGCCGCCGCCGGGGCCCUUCCGAUGCUCCGCAAGGCCUUCGCCGACCUCGCCGAUCCGCGAACGAGCGCGGUUCCCGUCGCCUCUCUUCAGCGCUGCUUGAGCUUACGCUGCGAUAAACCGAUUAGCUCGGCGACGAGAGUGCCCCCGGACUCGUUCUCCGGGUUGCUGGAAAACGUAGGGGCUUCUAUAGUUGACUUGUUCUUCGUGGCUGAGAAGGGUGGAUUGAGUUGGGUGGAGUUUGUGAAAGGCUAUGUUAAGUGCUGCGGAAGGAUGGCCGUGUCGAUGGUGGUUAGUAAUCUGCUGAGAGUUUUCGCUUUGGCGGCGAAUAAGGCGGGGCAUCAGGUGGAUUUGCAGUUUGAGUCUGAUGAAGCUGAUUGCAAAGUAGGAGGACAUCUCGUGCCUACGGACGUGCUGAUGCUUCUCUGGAUGUGCUGGACGAUGUUGUGGAGUAGUAAGGUUCACAAGUUGCCGAGAGGGAAGGCGGCCUUGUUUCUGCCAGAUAUCAGUUGUCUGGUUUUGUCAGCGGUGGUGUCAUGUGCUGACAAUGGCAGUAGUUUGAAUCUGUGGAAUUUUGACAUUUUUGGCUCGGAAGUUCAGCUUCCUGCCGGGAAGUUUGUUGCAUGGGCUUUGGCGACAGUACCAACUCUCCCAGAGUGCUAUUCGCAGUUUAUCCAUGAGCAUCUUGGAAACUGUUCCAUUUCACAGCAGGAUGAACUGGAGCCUUCAAAUUCAUCAUCAGGGGACAUCACUUCAGUAGAGACAUCUGGGGCACAUCUACUUACCCCAGGAAGGGCGUGGGCUAUUUCCCUUACAGCCAGAAAUGCAUUGAGGGAAGAGAUAUUAACACAUUGCUUUUUCAGUAACUGUGACAAAAUAGAAGAAAACCUUCUAUAUAGGUCAUCUCUUCAUGGGAAAGGAUUGAACAGAUUCUGGUCAAAUACUGAAGGUUAUCUUGGUCCACUGCUUAUGUUGGUUUCUGGUUAUUCUGGAGAUUCUCAUGAGGCUAAUACUAGAGACAAGAAAUGGGUCAUUGGUGUACUGCUACAGCAGGGCCUUGAAAGUAGGGAUCAUUUCUAUGGAAGCCCGGGAAAUCUCUAUGCUGUUGAUCCGAUUUUCCAUGCAUAUUUACCCUCUGGUAAGGAGAAGAAUUUCAUAUAUUCCCACUUGCAUCCCUCUGCAAGAGUAUAUGAGCCGCAUCCAAAGCCUGUGGGACUUGGGUUUGGAGGAAUCAUAGGCAAUGAGAGAAUAUUUAUUGAUGAAGAUUUUGCUAGAAUUACUCUUCGCCAUCAUGCUGUGGACAAAACUCAUCAACCAGGGCCCCUCUUCCCAAAUCAGGGAUAUCUUGCUACUGAUGCUUUUAUAUUAGAAGUUGAAGUUUGGGGAUUAGGGGGUACAAAAGCCAAGGAGGCGCAAGCUUCACUUAAGAAAAGGGAACAACUUUUCACUGAGCAGAGGCGCAAGGUCGACUUGAAGACAUUCGCCAGCUGGGAAGAUUCACCUGAGAAGAUGAUGAUGGACAUGAUGAACGAUCCGAACAGCGUGCAGCGGGAAGACCGGUGACACGAAUCUCAAAGAUGAAGUUCAUCCAGUUGACUUUUGAUGCUUCCCGUUUGUUUGGAGGUUGAAGGUUGGUCAGGACCAUGCCAGCCCCUUGAUAUGGCUAAACUUCGAAGCAGAAUCAGUUAGGCCUUCAAUGGCAGUGCUGACAGCUGAGACGCAUGUACAUACCGGAUACUUCUGCACCCGUCCUUGCCUUGUUAGCCAGUCGCAUGUGUAUAACCACUGUUUGCUUCCCCAAAUGUAUGAUUCGGGAUGUUUGAUGAUGUAAGUGACGAUGAAAACUUCCUCUAGCAUCUCUGCUUGUAGGAACUAUGUACUCGAGUGACGAGGGCACUUUCUGAGCUAGUCCCGGUUUAUAAGGCUUCUCCAUUGGUUUUUGGCUUCUGGAUUCUCCAAUAAGACAGAAAUAGAUUGAAGCAACAGUAUUCGUAGGAGUUGUUUCAUAAA